AUGUCUUCAGUCGGUGUCAUCAUCUCAGGUCGGCCUGUCGUAACCGAGCCGUCCUCCGUGAUAUCGCCUACCCAGUUCGCCUUCCAGAUUCCUUCGCAACCGUCAUUCUCCCACAUUGUCGUCUUCCUGCUCCCAGGCGUCACACUACCAGAUGGCACCGCCGCCGCCGUAUACGCGCAAUUACCCGGCACGACCGACUUCAAGCUUCUCGGCGCGAUCGCAAACGAGAAGCCCAGCGCGAUAUUCAAAGUGAACGCGAAAGCUGGUGGGCCCGCGGGUGGUGGUCUAGGCGACAGCGACGAUGCCAUGGUGGACGAGGGUGUUUCAGUGGACGCGUCAAACGGCAGCACCGCACCGCUAGCUCUUGGGAUCGCCGUCGAGCCCGCACAACAAGUCGCCGCAGCUUUGGCAGAGAAGAAGGCACAGGAUGCCGCGGCGUCAGCAACACCGAACAUGGGCCAGGGCAACGAGCUGGUGCUUAGAGGGCAGAGGAGCGUAGAGACAAAGGUGCUGGCGCAGAGGAUUAUCAAGAACUGCUACGACUUCUUGACGAGCUGGGGUACAGGAGAUACCGUGCCGCUGAAGGCAUUCCAGGCGUGGUGGACCAAGUUUGAGGGCAAGAUUGAGAGGGAUCCAGGGUUCCUGGAGAGGAGCGAUGGAGGGUGA